GUUUGUGUGGCUUUACUCAUGGUAAACGCAGUGUAGCUUUGGAGCUAUUUUGUGGAUUCCUCUUGGAUACAGGUGGAGAGCACGUAAUACCACACUGCUCCUAAUUCAGAACCCUGGUUACUAUGUAGGAAUUAUUUGCCGUUAAACUCCAGCUACGCAGCCUUUGGCAAGAGACAUGAAUCAAUUUGUCCAGCUUUUCUUUUCUGUUUUGUCUCUGUGUGAAGGCUGAUGCCCAGUGUGUGCCAAGGGGGCCUUUCAGACCCAAUAAUGCGCCCUUGUGUCUCGUAGCAUGCGUGGAAUUUGCAUAGGCUGUGCUGGGACAGGCAGGUUUCUUUUGUUGCUGGAAACAAGGAGCAAGUUCUUUUCCCUGUCUCUGCUUCCUAAUGCCUCUCCAAAAGCUCUCAGCACUCAUUGAUGCCAUCUGCAGUUUUGUCAUCUGCAAUGAUUCCUCCCUCCGCAGCCAGCCCAUCAUCUUCAACCCUGACUUCUUUGUGGAAAAGCUGCGCCAUGAAAAACCAGAGGUGUUCACAGAGCUUGUUGUCAGCAAUAUUACCAGGCUCAUUGACUUGCCUGGGGCAGAGCUUGCCCAGCUAAUGGGAGAGGAAGACCCAAAGCUGCCUGGGGCAAACAGCACAGCCUCUGGAUUUUUUCGUUCUCUGAUGUCUCUGAAGCGAAAGGAGAAAGGGGUGGUGUUUGGCUCACCGCUGACAGAAGAAGGCAUUGCACAGGUUUCCCAACUAAUUGAGUAUCUGCACAAAAAUCUAAGAGCAGAAGGCUUGUUUCGGGUGCCAGGCAACAGCAUCAGGCAACAGAUCCUAAAGGAUGCUCUGAACAGUGGUACAGAUAUUGACCUGGAUUCUGGGGAGUUUCAUUCCAAUGAUGUCGCCACCCUGCUCAAGAUGUUCCUGGGUGAAUUACCAGAGCCACUGCUCACACACAAGCACUUCCAUGCCCACCUCAAAAUUGCAGACCUGACGCUGUUUGAUGAGAAGGGCAAUAAGACCAGCACUCCAGACAAAGAGCGCCAAAUUGAAGCCCUCCAGCUGCUGUUUCUGAUCCUUCCUGCACCCAACCGCAGUCUGCUCAAACUGCUGCUGGACUUGCUCUACCAGACCGCCAAGAAGCAGGACAAGAACAAGAUGUCUGCCCACAAUCUUGCCCUCAUGUUUGCACCCCACAUCCUUUGGCCCAGAAAUGUGACAGCAAAUGACCUUCAGGAGAAUAUUACCAAGCUAAACAAUGGAGUGACCUUCAUGAUCAAACACUCUCAAAAGCUCUUCAAGGCCCCAGCAUACAUCAGGGAGUGUGCCAGGCUGCACUAUCUGGGAUCCAGAGCCCACACAUCAAAGGACGACCUGGAUUUGCUGACAUCUCCUGGCUCCAAGGAGCUGCAGCCCCUCAAGUCUCAGAAGCGAAGCCGGCUGGACACUUGCCAUCAGGAGGAGACCCAGCAGCGCACGGAGGAAGCACUGAAGGAGCUCUUCCGUCAUGUCAACAAUAUGCCUGACUCUGCAAAGAAGAAGAAGCUUAUCCGGCAGUUUAAUAAGCAUCCUACAGCUCUGACUCCUGGCUCUGAGGUACCUACAUCCCCAGCACCACGACGCACCCGCUCGCGCUCCUUCAGCGGCCUCAUUAAGCGAAAAGUUUUGGGAACCCCGGUUAUCCUGGAGAGGAAGAGCAGGGAUACCACACCAGAGCCUGAGCGAGUCAGCAAAGAGAAUGUGCAUCUGUUACAGAAAUGUGGAUCUCCUGCUCACAUGUCCCAAGCAAAGCUGAAAACUUUGGAGGGCAGAAGAGAGGAAUCCUGCAGACGCAUGCGAACCCGCCUGCUUUCCAAGGAUUCAUCAUCCCUCUGACUCGCCUCCUGCCAAGGCAUGGGUGGGGAAUGCCCAGCCUCACAAGCUGUGAAUCAUGUGCUGCAUGGAGAGGGGAGUGCUGCAGGCUCACGGCAACCUUCCCCAGCAUGGCAGCACUCUUGAAACUGGACCUUUGCAAAGACUGC